CUGUCGAGCUCCCACUAUAAAUACAGGUCAAUUGGGCCUGUGCACUUCGUACUUGCAACAGCAACCACCAAUUUAGAGAGCCAAAGCAAACGAGCUUUCACUUGAGCCUCGUACUCGUACUUGCAGUAGCAUCAUCUCCAUUCGCCCGCCGGUGGCUCGGUCGAUCGAUCUUGUAGCUAGCGGUGGUGGUGCUCUCGAGCUAGGCAGCGGCGGCGGCGGAGAGCCGGAGAUCGAUCGACACCAUGAGCUAUGGGGGCAGCUCUUCUGGCGGGCGAGGGGGGAGGCGUGUGGAGUACGGGCGGACGUACGUGGUGAGGCCCAAGGGGAGGCACCUGGCCACCAUUGUGUGGCUCCAUGGCCUCGGCGACAAUGGCUCCAGCUGGUCCCAGCUCCUGGAUUCUCUUCCACUGCCCAAUGUUAAAUGGAUUUGCCCUACUGCACCAACACGGCCUGUCGCGGCUUUCGGUGGAUUCCCUUGCACUGCAUGGUUUGAUGUGGACGAAACUUCAUUGGAUGGCCAUGCUGAUGUCGAAGGCCUGGAUGCUUCUGCUGCGCAUGUGGCAAACCUACUGUCCUCAGAGCCAUCUGAUGUGAGCCUUGGGAUAGGAGGGUUCAGCAUGGGUGCUGCCGCUGCCCUCCACUCUGCUGCAUGCUACGCUUAUGGGAGAUUCACAAAUAACAUUGCCUAUCCGAUAAACCUCCGCGUCGUCGUUGGUUUAAGUGGCUGGCUUCCUUGCUCAAGGACCCUAAGGAGCAAGAUUGAGAGCUCACAGCUUGCUCUUAGAAAAGCUUCUAGCUUGCCAAUCCUGCUCAACCAUGGAAUAGCCGAUGAGGUUGUCACCUACAGGAACGGUGAAAGGUCAGCUGAGAUUCUACGGAACUCGGGAUUCCAGUAUACCUAUUUCAAACCCUACAAUGGACUUGGUCACUAUACUAUCCCAGAAGAGAUGGACGACGUCAGCAAGUGGCUGAGGUCAACGUUGGGACUUUGAGCACCCACGUGGCUAAUCUGAAAAUUAAAUAUGUUGGCAGUGCGAUGGCUUUAAUAGUGAUACAUAGAGAGAGGUAUUGACAAUAUGCAGAAAAGGUUGAUAGGCUAUGUGAAUUGUGAGUUGACUGUCAUGGCUUGGUAGGCUGUAACCCCAUGUCCUUUCCUCACUGAUACAUACCAUGUUAGUUUACCGGUAAUGUACCUUGUUACUACCACUAAAGAGGAUGCCUGUAAUGUAGUAUUGUAUUGCUUGUUUAGUUACUUCAGUAGUAAUUCUGUUUACAGUUGUGCUCCAGAUCA